AUGAACAAAAGUCAAUGCUAUUUACCUAAUCAAAAAUAGUUUUAUGCUCCAAUCGUAUUGACAUUGAACAUGAUGUAUCUUUCAGGAAUGGUAUCGAUUGCUUUAAACGCUUAAUUAUAAAAUGGAAUUUUAUACUUUGGUUGUGCAGUUGGAUCUAGGCUAUACAAGUAAGAAAAUAUUUUUAUUUGUAAUCAGAUACAUCUAAAGGUUUUCAAAUCGUGUAGUAUUUUAUAUCUCCGAUUCCAUACUUUUGGUUUCAUUAAUAACAUUCCAUUUUGUAGAAACUACUAUAAUAUCAGAGACAAGUCUCAGUUUGUUAGUAUUAAAUUUUUUAGUUGGAAUUGCUGGAGGUAUCAAUUUAAUAUAAGUGAUGAUGUAUUUGAGAUUGAAAUAUACUGAUGAGGCAAUCUCCUUCUUUUCAUUAUUCAUUCCACUAUAAUUUGCUAUUGGGAGCAUUCUAAAUUUAUUUCUAGUUGAAUAUGGGGGAUACUAAAUAUCUAUAUAUGUGUACUUAAGUGUAACUGGUUUAAAGAUAUUAUUGAUAUCAAUAAUACCAUUUUCUGGUUUGUCAUAAAAUGUGAAAUAAUUAGAAGAGGAGCAAUUGCAAAUGAAUUAAACAACUGAAUUACAAGCAAACUAAACAGAACAGGGACAUGAGAAAUUUCUUCAAGCCUUUUUAAAGAACUUCAAAUAUCUAAUUUUAGUCAUAAUCUUUUAGACUUCACUGAUUUAGUUUUAAUAUCAUCCAUCAUAAUUAUUGAUGAUCCUCUUUAACAUGAUAUUUUACAACUAAAUAGACAAGAAUAGAUUGAUUAUAUUAGGUUAAAUUAGUGUAUGUUUUGGAUACUGUUCAAACCUUACUAGUUUUUCGAAUUCAGGCUAUUAUUUGGGAUUAGGCACACUUUUUUAUCCUAUUGUGUGUAAGAUAUCAACUUCAGAAUUAAUAGUAAUUUCUGAGAUUAGUUGGAUUAUAAGAUUAGCAACUAUGUGUUAUAUAGCAGUAAUGUAGAGGAUAAGUUACAGUUUAUUUUUAUUGGAUAGCGAAGUCUAAAAUAACGUCUUCUUUAUUCUCAAUUUUGUCAGUUUGACCUUAUUAAUUUCAUUACUAUUUUAUUCAGUAAUUCUUAAUAUCAUUCAUUAUAGAAAAAACCAGAGAAAACUAAAGUGGAGGAGGAAGUGAAUAUGGAAGUCCAAAUUACAUAAGAACAUAAUGAGAGUUGA